AUGGAAGCAACAAUGGAACCAGAAGAGUUCCCAACAUGGAACCUAUUUGUGGAUGGAUCGUCAGGAGAGACUGGCUCCGGGGCAGGAGUUGUUUUGGAAAGCCCAGAGGGCCAUAAGCUAAACUGUGUAGUUAGGUUUAGCUUCAAAGCCUCGAACAACGCUGCAGAAUAUAAGGCCCUCCUAGCAGGCCUUAGACUAGCGAAAGAAAUGUCAGUCAAAAGGCUCCUAGCAAGCAGUGACUCGCAGCUUGUGGUAAGUCAGGUUAACGGAAAGUUUGCAGCCAAAGACAGUGAGAUUCGACUGAUUCAAGCCUCAUGCCUCAAAAAUAUACACAUUGAUGCCCUGUCCAAGUUGGCCAGCAGCAGGGAUUCGGAGCUACUAAAGAUUGUCCCAAUUGAGCACCUACCGAAGCCCUCCAUCUCUGGAGGCGAAGAAAUACUAUGGAUUGAAGGCACCCCACUUUGGAUGCAACCCAUUAUAGCCUAUCUCAACGAUCAAUCACUACCACCCUCAAAGAACGAAGCGAAGAAGUUGAGAAGAAGAGCUGCUCACUUCAUACUUCAAGAUGGUGUGUUAUAUAAAAGAGGCUUCUCAUCAACCCUACUCCAGUGCGUUGGAGGGAAAGAGGCCUUAUACAUCCUAAGAGAAAUUCAUGAGGGAGUCUACGGUAACCACUCUGGUGGAGCAGCCCUGGCACACAUGGUACCUCGACAAGGGUAUUUUUGGCCGACCCUGAAAAGGGAUUCCUGUCAAUUUGUUCAAAAAUGUGACGAGUACCAGCGGUUUGCCAAUAUUCAGAGACAGCGUUCUCAGAAACUCUCCGUAGUCACCAGCCGAUGGCCUUUCUCCAAAUGGGAUAUAGACUUCAUCGGUCCUCUCCCAAAAGGGAGAGGAAGUGCAACCUUUGUCGUAGUUUCCAUCGAUUACUUUACUAAGUGGAUCGAAGCUGAACCUCUAGCAAAAAUCACUAAGUUUGAUAACAAAAAGAUGCCAGACUUGUGUGAAAAACUCAGCAUAAAGAAGGACUUCUCAACACCUCAUCACCCCCAAGCAAAUGGAAAGCUUGACGCCUCAAAAGGGGUAUGGGUCGAUAAGCUUCCUCAUGUCCUCUGGGCUAUUCGAACAACUAGCCGAACCGCAAUAGGAGAAACACAUUUCUCCAUGACCUACGAAGCCAAAGCCAUGAGUCUGAUGGAGGUGGAAAUCCUCUCUCACCGUCGGAUACAUUUCAAUGAGAUCGGCAACGACGAAACUCGAGUGUAUGAACUCAACCUCCUUGAAGAAAUGAGGGAUUCCUCCCAAAUAAAAUUGGUUAAGUAUCAAAGACAAUUGACCCACUAUUACAACUCUAAGGUCAGAAACCAAACUCUUCGCCUGGAGAACCUCGUCCUCAGAAGGGUCUUCCAAUCAUCGAAGCCAACUGGAUUCAGAGUGUUUGGGUCGACCUGGGAAGGUCCAUAUCAUAUCCACAAGGAGUCCCGACCCGUUUAUUGUAACAUUCAUAUCUUACUAAGUGUUGAAAUUGCCUUAGUGAAAGAUACAUUCUGUUGGUUAUUGUUGGCAAGUGAUGCUUAA